AAACACAGUACAGUCACAGAGGAAGCCGUUCGUGCGCCAGGUAGUUCGGUGUUUUUUCUUCAAUUGACUUGUGAGGGUUGCAGCCCUAAGAAAUACUUGUGGAUAUUGUUUUUUGAGUUGCUGGUCCGGUGUUAAAACACCAUGGUCGAGGAGGGACCCAACAUCAAACCUGUGCAAGGGGUUAACUACCCUGCCGUGGUAGGAUUAUGUCUGGGCGGCGCCGUGUUCGGCGUCAUCAUGAUGGCGGUGACGUACUACUGCUACAGGCGUCGCAGGAUGGCGAGCGGGAAGCGCAGCGGGCCCGACCAGCCUCUGGCCUUCCACACGCACCGCAGGCCGACCGCCGUGAAAAGCCCCGCGGGCACUGGCACGCAUUACCUGAAAAAGUCCCCCAGCCCCACUGGGCCGUCCAAGAAUCCGCCCGGUAUGUCCAACCCGCACACUCCGAGUCCCACGGGAAGCGUCGUCGGGCCUCUGGAGAGCGGCGUAUCGAGCCACAACCACAACGUGGUUAUGAUGCAUCAGGAGAACAAAGUGGAACUCCAGCCCGCCAUGAAGGACGUCUACACUACCGAAAUGGAAACUUCAAAUGGAGGCAUAUCGCCGACCAAGGAAGAAACCGAAACCAAUGAAAAGAAUCUGCAGCAGAAUGCUGCUUACCUGGGACAACUAGUGUUCAAAUUAAGGUACAAACACGAUAAAAACGCUCUGAUUGUUUCCGUGGUGCGGUGUCGCGAUCUGCCUGCCAAGGAUCCGAGUGUAGGCUCGAGCGAUCCGUACGUCAAACUGCAACUUCUCCCGGAUAAACAACACAAAGUUAAAACUCGCGUGCUCAGAAAAACCAGAAACCCAGUCUACGAUGAAGAUUUCACUUUUUACGGUUUAGGGUUUAACCAGCUGCCCAAUAUAACUCUACACUUCGUGGUGCUAAGCUUUGAUAGGUACAGUCGAGAUGAUAUAAUUGGAGAAGUGUUUGUCGCCCUUAACACAGUCGAUGUCACUCAGAUAGAAAGUCAACAAAUGGCCUUGUGCAGGGAGAUUCAGCCUAGAAGUCUUAAGAUUCGCUCUCAAGGACGUGGUGAACUUUUGGCUUCCUUGUGUUGGCAGCCUGCAGCCAACCGGCUUACCGUGGUAGUUCUGAAGGCUAGAAACCUACCCAAAAUGGAUGUGACUGGAUUAGCUGAUCCAUACGUGAAAAUUUACUUGCAAUAUAAUGGUCAAAGAAUCGCCAAAAAGAAGACCCACGUCAAGAAGAGAACAUUAAGUCCAGUUUUUAACGAAAGCUUUGUCUUUGAUAUUCCAUCGGGUGGUGAAGGUUUAGAUCAAGUCAGCCUCGAGUUCUUGCUGCUAGAUUGGGAUAGAGUCACCAAAAAUGAGGUAAUUGGAAGAUUAGAGUUGGGCGGCCCUAAAUGCAACGGCUCAGCACUACAUCAUUGGAAUGAAGUUUGCAAUUCGCCCAGAAGGCAAAUCGCUGACUGGCAUAAACUACGAGAAUAAAUGAAAAAUUGUUUAAUUGAUUUUUA